AUGACAAACACACCACCCAACCCAACCGACCUCUCCCUCCCCCGAAUCCUCUGCCUCCACGGCGGCGGCGUAACAGCAGAAAUCUUCCAACUCCAAGCCCGCAGCCUGAUAAAAGCCCUCCCCACCUUCCGCCUCAUCUUCGCCGACGGCCCCUUCUACUGCCCCCCAGGCCCGGGCAUCGUCCCCGUCUACGAAGACUACGGCCCUUUCCGCCGCUGGCUGCGCUGGCUCCCCGAACACGCCGACAUAGACGACGAAGCCGCAAUCGAGGAAGUCAUGUAUGCGAUCGAGACUUGCAAGCGUGGUGAUCCCGGCACGGGGCCUUGGGUGGGCUUGAUGGGGUUUAGUCAGGGAGCCAAGCUUGCAGCGAGUUUGCUGUAUGAUCAGCAGGUAAGAGAGGAAAAGAUUGGCGUGGCGGAGACGGCGUAUAAAUUUGCGGUGCUGUUGGCUGGGAGACAGCCUUUGAUGCAGUUGUCUGAGUAUUCGGUCGGGCCGGCCACGCUGGGGGCUGGAGAGAUCAGUGAGGGAUUCAGGUAUGAGGGACCUAAUGAGCAUGUGUUGAGGUUGCCGACGAUACAUGUGCAUGGCUUGAAUGAUGCGGGCUUGCAUCUGCAUAGGGAUUUGAUGAGGAAAUACUGCCAUCCUGAUGCUGUUACGCUGGUUGAGUGGGACGGUACACAUCGCGUGCCGCUGAAGAAGACGGACGUCGACAAGAUAUGCACGGAGAUCUACAGAGUCGCAAAAGAGCAGGGUGUAAGGUGUUGA